GAUAUUGUCAAACAGUCAAAGCACUGGGUGUGUGAUAUUGUGUUCUUAUAAGGAUUAAAUGUCAGACUCAACUGUGCUUUGCGAAAAAUGGUGUUCUGAUGCAUAUACAGUAUCUUCGUUCCUCAUGGUUCCCUCAGCGACGAGGAAAAGUUGCCGAAUUUUAUGUUAUUUCUCAGUUAUUGGGCUGACUUUUGCAUUUUUCUUCCAGCUAUAACUAAAAAAAGAGAUGAUCUAUCCAUAUAUGCCUUCAAAAUUAUCAUACAUCAUAUAAUAGUAAAGAAAUCCGUGAUUGUAUGGCGAUGUUUAGAGCGAUCGCGAGUGGCUUGAUCGGAGGUGAAGGGCAGACUUAUUUUGACUUGUAAUUUAAUUAAUAGGAAGCGUUUCUCACUGAACAUAUACAUGUGGAGACGCGCGAGUUAUUCUUCUAUGUACAAUAUUAAAAGAAACUUGAAAAUCCACCUAGUUAUUUAAGAAAAUAUAAAGUGCACGCACCUAUGUGGAGGACAGCGGAAUCGCCGUCCAUUACAUUCGCACAUGCCCACAAGUCACAUGCGACAAGGGGAAGGGAACGUCUAGCUAAAAGGGGAAGCGUUAGGGGUCUGGAAAUUAAUUUUUGUAACGGUGCUCUCUUUCUCUCUGACAGGCCAUUCAAACAAUAUAGACGGUUCCAUUAUAUUCUUACUACACAUGUAUUGUCUCCAAGCUAUUUCUGUUGUGUUGUUCCACCGGUGUGCUACAGAGGCCGCCACCGCAGCGCCCACAAUCCUGAGGACAAAAUCACAACAAACAAGUAGCCAGAGACCCACUGCGGUCCCUUAAUAUUGAAAUAACGUAACGGUGGCACCUCCAUGGCGGCCGUCUGCGAGAGGACACGGCCAGGCAGAGAAGGAAAGGCGAUGGAGGACAGAGGUCUGCCCUAGAGAAUCCCUGCCAAUGCCACACCCUCAGUGCCCAGGACAAGAAUGGAAGAAUUUCCCAAGCUCCACCUGACCUCUCCGCCCUCCAGCCUUUCGGAUGGCUUGUUGGCUCCCCGGGUGUCAACCCCACCCAUCCCUCGCCCUCGCAAGACUUCUUCCUUGUCCUUGGUCUCUACCCCCAAGCACCCAGCCUCUGCGCGUCACCCUCCACUCACACCCCACACCAAUGGUCUUGAGUACCAUCACAACAAGAACAAUUGUGGUCACCAUGGUAUGCAGCGUGCUCCCUCUUUGGAUUCAGCUACUCACAGAGAUAUUCCCCUUUCUCCCAUAAUGCAGCUACAGUGUUCCCACAGUGACAGUGAGACAGAGGAAGAGAGCAACUCCCGUUUGCUGCAUCGCAGUGCUCGCCCCAGUCCUGGUCCUCACCCUAGUAGGCAUCAUAGGCGGCUGCCUCAGCAGCAGCAGCAGCAGCACCAACAACAACAGCAUUGUAAUCAUCAGCAUCAACAACAGCAACAACAACAUUCACAUAGCUUGCCUGCUACUCCUAGAGUGAAUGGCAGUUCACAUCAUUCAGGUCUUAAUGGCAACCUCUUCCCUCUGGGCACAUCCCCCUCGUACAGUGCCAUCCCUUGCAUCUUGGCAGCACAGGCAACUGACCAGGGCAGCCAUGUCAUGUCCCCAAGCACUAGCCAUUACAUUACUUGUAGCACUGGGGAAAGCCAACUUGACAACUCUGCUUUCAUGGGCUCUCAAGAUUCUAAAUUGUCUGGUGUGAUAGAUUACAGCAGCCUUCCUCUCCCAGAGGGAAACCAGGAGCCAAUUAAGAGGAAUAGAGACAUUAGCCGACAUAUGAGUGAGCCAUGUAUCACUGAAGCCCAGAGAUGCUCUGGAGGACUGUUCAGCUCCCCAAGAAGAAGAGGGACAAGGCAUAGAUCUAAGGGAGGCUGCCUUGUGGGACCCAAGGAAAGUGGAUUUAUGGACAAUAUUAAGGAAAGUGGACAGAGUGAAGGGGAAACAGAGGAGAGCAGUGCAUUAGAGGUACAGUGGAGGUUUAUUCAGACUUUGGUGUCAGAAUUAAAUAUGACUAAAGCCAGUAAUCGAAAGCUGAUGGCAGAUCUGCACCAGGCCAAGAUGGAAAUACAAGUCUUGAAGGCUUCCUUGGACUCUUACAUCGAGGGAGGUCUGCAGCCUGGGACAAUUACUGAGAUGGUUGGGCAGAUCCAUGCAGCUCAGAAAGUGCGUGAUGAGGCAAUGAUGUCCCGAAUAAAGCUGGCCAAUGAGGAGCGCGACGCAGCUCUCACCCACAGCCGGGCCCUCAUGGAAAAGCUUAGUCUGUCACCCCAGGGCACAUCUACUGCCUCCUGUAGUGCUGUGGAGGCAUCAGAGCUUGAACACCCAUCUGGGGGCAAUAGCAGCUGUACAAGUUCUCCAAGACGUAGUGACAGACGCCAUCAAAAGUCUGGUGAUCUGAUGCCUUCCUUAAUGACCUCAGGGAGCCCUUACACAUCCUCACCCCCUGCUUUCACACAAGGGCUGGAACAGAGGUCCCUGGGAGAGCGAGAGGCAGCCACAGUGGCACAGCUGGCAUUAUUAGAGGAAGAACUACGCACCCUUCGACUUGCUACAACCUCUCACCACCACCACCAGCAUGAGGGAGGUGAAGGAGGGACGCCAGCCAUGCAGGGUAUUAGCAGUGUAUCAAAUGAGUACGUGGAGGGGCUCUGCUCACAGCUGCGAGAGAGUGAAGCCUCCAGAUGGCAGCUUCAUGACCAGUGUGCACGUCUCGAGCGGCUUGUCAGCGUCCUGCGGAAAAAGGUAAAUGGACUGAAUGUGGUGGAGUCGAGCAUGGUGCAAGAGGGGACCAAGUUGACACUUGUGGACCUUUCUCUCCGUGCACCGGCUGCUGAAGGGAUCUCCAGUUCAAGUCACCUCAAUACCCAACCCUCCACAUCCUCUGAGGGGGAAGCCAAGGACAGCCUCUCCUCUUUGGAAUCUGUGGAAACUGCUUCUGCUUCAUCAUGGAAGAGAGGGGAGGUUCCUAGCACCACCUCAGGUCAUUCCACAACAAACAUGCAUUCCAGUUAUGUGCUGCUCCAUUCCUCUGGCUUCAACCCUUCCCAUGGCAGUCAUGCAAACUUCAUAUACUCGUCAAUGGCACAGGCCAACCCUAACCAGUCCCCAGCUGCCAACUCAACAUGCUCUAGUACACCUCCCUCAUUGGGUCCUACUACCUCCUCUCCCUCUUCUGUCUCUCCUAAACAUAAUCAUCAACUCAAUCAUCACCAUUAUCACCAGCAGCAGCAUCAACAACAACAACAACAACAACAACAACAACAACAACAGCAACAACAACAACAGCAGCAGCAGCAGCACCAGCAUCACCACCAGCAAGGAGCAAGCCUUAGGAAUGACCCAAAACACCUCACAGGUGUCACUAUUGUGGGACCCAUAACAGAACUUUGAUUAAUAGUGCUAUAAUUAGUAAUAAGUUGAAAAUAUCAUAUUUCUGAUUUUAGAUUAUCACAAAUGUAUUUUGUUAUUACUAUUAUUAUUAUUAUUAAUAUUAUUAUUAUUAUUAUUAUUAUUAUUAUUAUUAUUAUUAUUAUUGGUUAUUUUUAUACCAUUUCUAUUACUAUUAUUUCUACUACUUCUUUUGCCACUUCUAUUACUACCAACACUAUCACUAUUUUUAUUAUUACUGUAGCUACAAUUACAACCAUUAACACUAUUGCCACUGGUAAACUACUAUUGUACUAUUACUACUACUACUACUACUACUUUUGUUUUAAUUUGUAUUGCCAUUUAGUUUUUGAUAUAAUGGCAGUAUGGUUUUCCUCUUGAAGUUAUGGUAUCAUUUUGAGGUAGGGAAGAUCACCACCAACCCUUGUUAGUUUCUGUUUAUGCUGCUGUCAGUCUAACAUGUUUCCGUCCUCCUGCAGUAGAACCUUGACCCCGUAGCAGCAGCUGGGGCAGAUCACAUGGGCAUGAGAGACUUAAAUGAAGGGCAUUCUCUACAUUUGAAGAGGUGAAAAAAAUUGGAAUCAAAAGUAGAUCUAGGGUGAUGAAAUGUAUCACACUUGAAGUUAAAUCUAUGCUAAUGUAAUCUAAUUCUAAUUACUUCCUUAUUGAUAUUCAUUUUUCACUUGUAAGCUUUUACUGUUUAGUUUUGUUAUACUUAUUCCACAGUUUUAAUUUGUAAGGAUGUCAUAAGCUUAGAGGUGAACAGGCCAUGUAUGCCACAACCCAGAAAAUAGUGGGUACUUGCCCCAUGUCCCUGAGUGUGGCAGACAUCUAAGGUUCCGCCACAUACUUACGGGUAGUCAUUGUUCUACUCUACUUACAUUUGUGAUAAACUUGCCUUGUAAUUCUUCUGAGUUUCCUAGUGUGGUGCUUUGUGUCCUUCAUGCUGAGGACCAGAUCCCUUUCCCCCACCUCUAAUGUCAGCAGUUUUGUGGUUUGGCUGGGUGUGCAUAGCUAACUCACUUGGAUAUCAAAAUAGCACUGGAUGUGAUUUACAUUUGAGACUGAGUUUUCUCUUCUUUUCCAAUAGUAAAUUUUCAUUACUGUUGAACUAGCUUUAUAGAUCUGAUUUUUCCAUAGUGAUUAUACACUUAUUCUGACCAAAGAGAUCUAGAUUGUCUACUUGUUUCAAGUUAAAAUAAGUAGCUAUAUUAGAAUCUAUCAACUCAAAGCCAAAAAAUAUUAAUCUGCCUCAUUUUUCAAAAGAAGGUAUUAACAAAUCCUCCACUCCUUUAUUUUAUCUAUUAUUUUUAUUAAAGUUUGGCUAUUUUUUUUUUUUUUUUUUUUAGUCAUACCAUACCACUAGGGUAUGGAGCAAAACUGUGAAAUAUCAAAUUUGAAAAUCAGCAGUUCUUUAGCAACAUAGAAUUACUCAUUACCAGGAAUGGGAACUUUCAUUUUUUUUUCUUUUUAAGCUUCCUAUUUUACACUUCCCCCUGUGUCACCCAUACUUUCUAUAUAUAUAU